UGUGUGCUACAGUCAAACAACUGACUCCCUCAAGGGAGGCACAUCCAUCUGUUCCUCCAGCUCAUGAACUUCCUCUUUUCUUCAGUGGGGAGGGGCCUCUGAUCCUCUAGAAAGAGUGGAAAACUGUCAAAAAAGUGCUGAGUGAGCAGUGAGCGUUACACUGAAGAUGAAGAUUUCAUUCGUCUUGAUUCUUUUAUUAGAUAUCCCUCAUCUGAAAGGGCAGCAGAGGAUUGAGAAGUUUGAACACAUUGUGCUGAGGCUCACCUUUCCCUCGUUUUACAAUAGUUACUACAAGUCCUGCUGUAAACUCUAUCCUGGAGGAUGUUACAAGCUGCUGGACAGUACAGGAUAUACCUGUGAUUUGCUAAAAGGAAGAGUUACAAUAACUAAAAAUGAUGGCUGGAUAGAAUUUAAAAUAUCAAACGUGCAGCUUGCGGAUGGAGGUUAUUACAGAUGUAUCGUACUGGGAACCCAAAACCGCGUCUACAGUGAUUACUAUGUCGAGGUGUCUGAGGUUUCAGUUCACCAUAGCCAGUCUCAGCCUUCACUGACAACAACCAUCAAAGCCCCCAACACCUCCACAACACUCCCAGGCUCCACUCGGGCUGUUUUGGCACAGGACCACAGUGACAGUCCCAGAAUUCCCUGGAGUUUCAGCCUGCCUGUAGCUGUCAUUGUGUCCAUCACAGGGAUGAUUUUAAUCACUUCAGUUAUUGGUGUGGCUUGCUGUGGAGUCAAGGGAAAACGCAAAGAUUCGGACAGAUAUGGAGAAACUCCAUGUGAGUCACUGAAACAAGAGGCUCCGGACACGAGUGGCAUCAUCUACACAACCGUAGACUUCAGAGCUCACCAGAGGCCGACAGAAGUGUGUGCAAACCUGAGAACACACAAAACACAAGUGAGAGCCCCUGACUCCAUCUGGAGCGCCAACAAUGAUGGGAUGGUGGAGUACUCCACUCUGGCAGUCCACCAGUGAAUCCAUGUGAAAGUCGGACUUCAAUAGGACAGAUCUUCUUUGUAAGGGAAAAAAAACGGAAGUUCAAGCAUGGAGUGGAGUCUGAAAGACAUUUACCUGGAAGGGAAGGUCUUGGUUGACACUGAAAUGACGGAGCAUAUUUGGGGCUUUACAAACAUUAGAGACUGUAAUUCAUGAUAUGUUGGCCUCUGCUGAUUUUAGCUAUUCUUUUGUCUGUUGUGGAUCGAUAGUUUUAUGGAAGUGCAAUAUUAAAUCACCGAGCUACCCCCUUUAAGAGUAUAUAACAUGUUGUUUGCAAUCAGGAUAAAUGACAUAAGAAUUUAAUGAUAAUGGCAUUAAAGAAAUGAACACUGUGUUGAUAAAGCCAAUAAUCUGGUGAAAUAAAGACCAAACAUUUGUUUCUAUGUGGUUUUCUCUGAGCACUGCUGUCCUAUUCACAGGUUGAGAUAGCAGCAUGGUUGUCGGAUCAUGUCAUCAGGUUAUCUUUUGUUAUACUGAUGCUGUUCUUAUCAGUUUCUUCUCGAUUACAGCCUCAGAGGACAACUGAUUCUGCUAUUCUGAGAGUCGCUCGAUAUUCUAUUCUUGACCAGCUCUUCCUUUACCCAAAAAGCUGCCAGUGAUCCUUUUUGUAUCCUCUAUAAAAGGUCAAGUUUCUUUAAAGAGCAAAUGAAUGAACAGCCUGGACAUAUUCUCAU